GUCGCCGCCUGCGGAUCCGGCGCUAGCGGCGGGGGCUGCCGAGGGAGCCGAGUGCCCGCCGCCUCGCCAGCCGCAGCCCCCGUACAAUGUCCUCGCUGGCCCGCGGCUUCGAGCCCCUAGCUCCCGAGGACUGGGGGCGGCGGAGUUUGGCGGAGCUGCGGGAGAUGUUGAAGCGCCAGGAGAGACUUUUGCGCAACGAAAAAUUCAUUUGCAAAUUGCCCGACAAAGGUAAAAAGAUCUUAGACUCUGUUGCCAAACUGAAAGUGGCCGUUGCAGAACGUGAAGAGUUCAGAGGACAAAGUCAGCUCUUUCAUCCUGUUAGGUUAGACUGUACAGUAAGGCAAACAGUGACCGCAGGAGUUGAUGUGGACACAGCUAAGGCUCAGAAUUCUGACCAGAUACUUCAUACUUCACCACCAGUUCCUGGCUCCUCCUCUGUAGAUAACAGCAGGUCAUCUAAAACAGCUUCACCAAAGCAGGGACUUGUACAUCUCUUUCACAAAGGCAGUGAAGAGACUGCAGAAGCAGAGGGCAUAGUGAACGGGCGCACAGCUCCUAGCAGCGGAGCCAGUGCCGCUUCCUUAUCUGAAGCCAGCAAGUGUCUCCCACAGCAUCUUGUUUCAAGACAAGCAGAAGAUAGUUCCAGCAGCUCCGACAACCUGAUUGUUGAUAGGUUACAAAGGAUCACAAUCGCAGACCCAGGGGAGCACCGCUCAAGGGAAAACACAAGUACCGAUAACUUGACAGGCCCUCGUAGUGGGGCCCAGAAGAAGCCACAUUACAUGGAAGUGCUAGAAGUGCGAGCCCAAAACCCAGUGCCCCCGCCACAUAAAUUUAAAACAAAUGUGCUACCUUCCCAGCUUCCACAUGGCUCAUCCAGCCAGUGGCGGGGAAGACAAUCUCCGGUUUCCUCAGCCGAGAGGCGGCGCAGGGAUAAGGAACACCUUGACGACAUCACAGCCGCCCGGCUCCUGCCGCUUCACCAUAUGCCUGCACAGCUGCUCUCCAUGGAAGAGUCUCUAGCACUUCAGAAAGAGCAGAAACAGAACUAUGAGGAGAUGCAAGCCAAGCUCGCAGCACACAAAUUAGCUGAAAGACUGAAUAUUAAAAUGCAGAGCUAUACUCCAGAAGGAGAGACUUUGAGGAGGUACCGGGAAGUGAGGGAUGAAGACGAUCAGUCCUCUGAUGAUGGAUUGUGAAGACGGGUGUCCGGGUCAUCUCCUGAGUCGUUUCACUGUUGUUAUCUUACGUCAGGCUUUCUAUUAAGUAUCAAGAUCAGUGGCAGACAUUGCUGAGGGAAAGAAUUUUAUAGUUACACUGAGGUAGCUAUAAAAAAAGCCCAGUUUGUCUUUCAGAAGAUGACCUUUGUGUGCCUGAGAAGUGUAAUAUUUGAAUGCUGGGUCUGACCACAGUGUAUUAAAGUUCUGCAGUGUGUUGUGCAUCGGGCAGGUAUUUUAGUAUAUAACAGAGCACACUUUUUUUCUUUAAACCAAAUGAAAGCAGAUAACUUUGCUGUUUUCCUUAUUCUCCCCCCUAUCAAAUAACAUUUAUUAUGUGUCUUUCAGUGGAAUACUUAACUCUCCCUGGUGUCUCCUAAAAUGAGUCAGGAAGGCAUAGCUCCCUCCUUUUUUGAGUAAAGGAGGGAGCAGUCUCGACAGUUUUAUGCAUGUUUGCAUGGGUUAUUGAGUGAAGUACCCAGGGAGACACUCACCGGAAAUACUUAACAAAUGCUUGUUUCUGUCUGUCUGCCCUUAGGAAGAAUGUUCUCUUCUUUUCCUGGCUAGGAAUAAGGAGUGCUUUUAGUGGAGCCCUGGUGGCGCAGUGGUUAAGAGCUUGGCUGCUGACCAAAAUUUCGGCAGUUUGAAUCCACCAGUCACUCCUUGGAAACCCUACGGGACAGUUCUCCUCUGUUCUGUAGGGUCACUAUGAGUCGAAAUCAACUCAGUGGCAACGGGUUUUUUAGUAGAUGCAGGUUGGAGGGUUUUUCUAGGUGGUCAUAUUUGCGUGGAAAAAGAUGACGUCUGGCAGAAGUCUAAAAUUGAGGUGAAGGAAGUAGCUGUAUUACUCUUUACCUGAGUCACUGCUGUAACAGAUGAUAGGUUCAUUUAUGGGAUGUUACAGUUUGGUAAGGAAAUUGAUUUUUUUUUAUAAAGCUAGAAUGGUCUUGUCAAUAACAUCACUUAUUUUUCCCCCAAAAGAGAGAUGAAAUGACUGCAGAAACCUCAGUCGCACGUAUAUAUAUGUUCAUGUCAUCUUGAAGGAUUAAAUGGUUGUUUCCAGAGAAGUUAAUGCUUACCUUAUCAAAGAUACCUUUGUUUAAUAUGUUGAAGCCUUUAAACAGUGUUGAAAGAAUAAAAUAUUAAUUAGCAACUUCAGAACGCUAAUGGUGAUGUUUUUACUGGUGCUUAAAUAACUUCCAGCUUUAGAAGAGACUGGUCAUACGUGAUGGGAGCCCUGGUGGCAUAGUGGUUAAAGUGCUUAGCUGCUAAACUGAAGGCCGGCGAUUUAAACCAACCAGCCGCUCCACCAGGGAAAGCUGUGCCAGUCUGCUUCUGUAAAGAUUUGCAGCCUAGGAAACCCUAUGGGGCAGCUCUACUGUGUCCUCUAGGGUUGCUAUGAGUCAGAAUCGCCUUAAUGGCAAUGGAAGGUUCGUAUGUGAAAUUUGGCUGACAGUACAUUUAGGUCAGAUACACAUGUGACAUAAAGGGUUCAGCUCCAGGUAUCCACCUCCAGUUGUAGCUGCUGCUUUCCAUCAAAAAAGGCAAAUUCUAAAGUGUACUGAGCUAAGUCCAUUAUUUUUAGUUUUUAAAAUAGAUGAUUUCACAAUGUCAAAUUAUCUGAUCUUACAUUCUUUCUUUAUAGAAUAGAAUAAAAUGUUAUUUUUGGAAAGAUGGAUAAUAAUGGAAGGGCUCUCAGGAUUGUACACACAGUCACCUAUAAUCCUACCACCAGAAAGAACCUCUGCUAACAUUUUGGUGUAUGUAUUUUUACUUAUUUUUCUAUGUAUAACUAUACAUUUAUGUUUUCAAAAAUGGGAUCAUGGUGUGCAGUAUUUCACAGGCUAGUCUGUAUACAGGCAGUCCCUGGGUUACCAACGAGAUCUGUUGCUACAUGUGUCUUUUAAGUCGAAUUUGUCGGUAAGCCAGAACAGGUACGUAUGGUUCUUAUUUAGUGUCAGUCAGAUGGUUGUCUUAGUAUGUGUAUUUUACCUUUCUCUGCAUAUGAAACACAAGAAACACUUACAAAACAUGCAGUGUUUUCACGAGCAUUGCAAAGUAGGGCGUGUGUGCGUCCGUUAUCAUGAACCAACGUGUGUAACUCAGAUUUUUUAACAGGCUUUAACACGGCAGCCUGAUCCUAAGCACCGGUUGUAUGUGUGUCGGAUGCUCGUAACCCGGGGACUGCCUGUAUUGUAAACAUUUCCCACGUUAGUGAACACUUUGCGUUUUAGAUGGCUGCGGAGUAUUCAAUUUCAUGGGUGUACCUUAAUCUUAAAAAUCAAUUUCGUAUUGUUUAGCAAUUUGAUUGUUUAUUAUAGUGUAAUCUGUAAACAAUGAUGUGAUCAAUAUCCUAAAAGAUAGUCACGUCUAUACAAAAAUGCUUUCUUUCCAGAAGACAAAUUUCCAGAAGUGAAAUUGCUCAGUGAAAGGGUAUGUAAGUUUUUGAGAAUCUUGAUGAUAUAUAUACAUGAUUCACCACAAGGGUUGUGUCCGUGUACAUUCUCACGGCAGUAUAUCAAACUUCGAGAAUUGAAAAUUCCUAUUAAGAAACUGGGAAGUUAAUAAUUACGGGGUAGGGUUACCUUUAAAAUUGAUUUUUCUUUACUAGUUGAGUAUUUUUUCAAGUUUAUUGGCCACUUCAUUCAUUUGUAUUCACUGCUUCAUAUUUCAUAUUUUCUUGGAGUUUACCUUAUUUUAUUGGUUUAUAAGAUUUUUAUGAAUUAAGAAUGGCCAUCCUUUGUCAUAUGCCAUAAUUAUAUUUUUAGUGUGUUAUUUGCCUUUUAAUACAGUUAGUGGUGUUUCAGUGCAGACUUCCCUCUGAGGAGUUUGCCUUGCACGUGUGCUUGAACUUGUCUUUCCCACCCCGAGAGUGGAUAAAUAGUAUCCUUAUUUUCUUCUAGUACUUUUAUUUCACUUUUUACACUUACCUUGCACUCAGAAGGAACUUUUAAUCCAUCUUGAACUUGCUUGAGGAUAUUGUAUGAGGUCGGCAUUUAAUUUUUUGGUUUUUACAAGUAGUUGACCAGUUGGUUCAGUAUAUAUUAUGUUAAAUAAACCAUUAUUUCCCCAUUGAUUUGCAAUACCAUAUUGAAUAUUAAGUUCCUAUGUUUCUUGGGCUUCAUUCUGCGCCUACACUUACUUUUAUAAUCAUGGCUUUGUUAAUAUUUGGUAAUACAAGUCUUCUUUUUUUAGCUUUAAAUUUUAUUGUGAAAUACAAGUGACAGAAAAGUACAUAAAACAGAUUAAGUGAACAGCUACGUAACCACAAACUGGAUGCAGAAAAGCUGCCGCCAGUCUCCAGAAUCUCCCCGAGCGCCCCCUCUGACACCCCAUUCUCACCAAGAGCAGCUGCUACCCUGACUUCAUGGUAAUACUCUCCUACCCCUUUUUAAAUGGUCUAGCAGUGACAUAUACAACAGUAUGGUUGGUUUUAGUUUUGUCCACUUUUGAUUUUAUAAAAAUGGAAUCAUACUAGGUACUUAUAUUGUGUCUGGUGUCUCAACAUUGCUUAUAAAGUUCAUGUUAGGUGUAGUAUGGUUUAUUCAUUUUCAUUACUGUAUAGUAUACCAGUUUAUUAAUACCAUUAUUUGUCUAUAUUACUGUGAUAGAUACUCCUGUGAUAUUUCCAGUUUGGAGCUAUUAUAAACAAAGCUGUGCCUAGCGUUUUUAUGCACAUAAACAUUUCUGUAGGAUCUAUACCUAGGACUGAAGUCCCUGGGUAGCACAAACGAUUAAGUGCUCGACUGCUAGCCGGUUGUUUAUAUCUGUUAUAAAAAUCCUCUCUCUCUCUCUGAGUUACUCUUCAUUUUCUUCAUGACUCCUUUUGAUGAACAGAAAUUUUUAAUUUUAAUGACAAAUUUAUCAGUCUUUUUCUUUUGUUCAGUGUCAUUUGUGUCUUGUUUAAAGGCAUCAUUCCCUGUAUCCUAAAGUCAUGAAGAUAUUCUUGUCUUUUUUCUUUUAAGUUCUAAGAAAUAUAAUUUAUUUCCCACUUGGGUUUUCUGACAUACAAGGAGAAUGCUAUUCAAAAAAAUAUUCCUACUUAGGUAAAGGCAACUGCUCCUAGAAGUUUCAAAAUAACAAACUUUGGAAAGCUGGUAAUGGCCCAGUGUUUGUCCAGGAUUCAGUGGACUUUGUGGAGCACAUACUAGACUAAAGACUGGUGAGGGAAGGACUAGGCAGCCAUUGAUUGUUGUGUGACUUAUAAAAAGAAUGAACAUUUCAGUUUAUUUUGACUUCUCAGUCUCAGGUAAGUUAAUUUGAUUUUUUUUUUUUUUUAAGGAGGUAGGCUUUUUUAAAAAUUAUUUUAUACAGCAGAACAGACACCAGUUCAACCAUUUCUACAUGUAUAAUUCAUGACAUUGAUUUCAUUCUUCUACUUGUGCAACCAUUACCACCCUCUUCUGAGGUGUCCCUCCCGCCUUAACAUAACUCACUGCCCUCUAGUUUCCUAUCAAAUCUUUUGAGUUGCUGUUUCCAGUUUGAUCCCAUAUACCAAACCCACUGCCAUCAAGUUGAUUCCUGCUCAACAACCCUAUAGGACAGAGUAGAAGUGCCUCAUAGGGUUUCCGAGGCUGUAAUUUUUAGAAAGCAGUCUCCCACAUCUUUCUGUCCUGGAGUGGCUGGUGGGUUCAAACCACUGGCCUUUUGGUUGACAGCUGAGUGAUUUUAAUCACUGUACCACCAGGGCUCCUGAUCCCAUAUAAACCAAAACCCGUUGCCCCUGAGUCGAUCCUGAUGCAUAGUGACCCUAUAGGACAGAAUAGAACUGUUCCGUAGAAUUUCCAAGGAGUGGUGGAUUUUUAACUGUUGACCUUUUGGUUAGCAGCCAGGCUUUUAACCACUGCACCACCAGAGAGGGCACAGUGCUCAAGGCAGACAUUCUUUACUAAUUAGGCUAAACUAUCGUCUGGCUUUAAGAAGACUUUGGGGGUUUAAGGUUUAACGACUAUCUCCGGGCAGUAAUUUAAGGUGUUCAUCCAGCCUCCCAGAUUCCAUGGGACAUGUGGAUUCCAUGAGAAUUUAAAAUUCUAUUCUGCAUUUCUCCCAUUUUGAUCAGAAUUUCCUAUAGAAUCUUUGAUCAAAAGACCCCAGGCACUACGCAACGAAUUAGGGGGUAGAGUACUGAAAAAUGAUAUUAGGCCAAUAACUGAGAUGUCCCAUGAACCCAUGACCCUACCCUCCAAACCAAGGAACCAAAUCCCUUGAGGUGUUUGGUUGUAUAUAAGCAGCCUUAGCAGCUACUGUAACUCUUUUUUUUUUUUUUUGGUCAUAGAUACAGCACAUGGCCUUUGCCAGUUCAGCCUUUUACAGGUGUAUAACUUGUUGACGGCAAUUACAUUAAUCAGCUGUGGAACCCAACCCUCAGUGUGAUUUCUCUGUCACUGUGAACUGAAAUUCGGUGCUCAUUAAGCGACAAAUAUCUCAACCUUCCUUCCCACCCCUGGUAACCACUAAUCAACUUUGGUCCUGUGUAUUGGCCUGUUCUUACCUAUUUAUAUAAGUGAGGCCAUACAAUAUUGUCUUUUUGUGAUUGACUUCUUUCACUCAGCAUAAUGUCUUCAAGCUCCAUCCAUAUUGUAGCAUGUAUUGAGAUUUCACUUCUCCUACUGCCUGAGUAGUAGUCCACUGUAUCUGUGUACCACAUUUUUUUUUUUUUUUAAACCUGUUCAUCUGUCGGUGAGCAUUUGGGUUGUUUCCACCUUUUGGCUGUUGUGAGUAGUGCUGCCAUGAACAUCGGAACACAAGUCUCUGAUUUCUGCUUUCAGGUCUUUUGGGUAUAUACCUAGGAGUGGAAUUGCUGGGUCAAAUGGUAGUUGUGUUCUCAGGUGUUUGAGGAACCACCACGCAGUUUUCCGCAAUGGCUGUCCCAUCUUUUAUUCCUGCCAGCAAUGGAUAAUAAGGGUUCCUAUUUCCGCCCAUCCUUGCUAACAUUUAUUUUCCUCUUGUCCUUUAAUCCUUUGUAAUUUUGCCUUUCACACUAGGUCUUCGAUUCUACCUGGAAUUUACUUGUGAAUAUGUGAGGAAUGGUUCUGAUCUCAUUUUUUUGUGUGGGUAGCCUCUUGUCCUAGCACUGUGUGGUGAAAAGACAGUCCUUCCCCAACUGCUCUGGAGUGCAUUUCUGCCAUAUAGCAAGCACCUGUGUAUGUAUAGGUUGCUUUCUGGGUUCUCUAUUUCAGGAGGGAUUUAUUUGUGCUGAUAUUACACCACCUUGUUUAUGAUAGUUUUUAUGAUAAGGCUGGGUGGAGCAUGGAAUAAACCUUCUCUUCAAUAGUGGUAUGGCUAUAUUUGGCUCUUUGCAUUUUCAUUUAAAUUUUAACAUCAGCUUUUCAUAUUCCACAGAAAAAAUCCUUGGUAGUGCAAAUCCUUCCUCAUUCAUUUAAAAAAAAAAAAAAGGUAUGACAUCACUUAGAUCAAUUACUUUGAAACUUUGAAGAUAGGCAUUUUGGAAUCUUGCCACUUACAAAUAUACUUAUUGUUUCAAUUAGGAUGAUUAGCUUAUUUGAGUUAAAUAGAAAAUUCAGAAUACUGUUUUAGCGUGAUUUUUUUUUUUUUAAUAACUUUUAUGAAGCUUCAAGUGAACGUUUACAAAUCCAAUCAGUCUGUCACAUAUAAGCUUUACAUACAUCUCACUCCCUACUCCCACUUGCUCUCCCCCUCUUGAGUCAGCCCUCUCAGUCUCUCCUUUCUUGACAAUUUUGCCGGCUUCCCUCUCUCUUUAUCCUCCCAUUCCCCCUCCAGACAAGAGUUGCCAACACAAUCUCGAGUGUCCACCUGAUAUCAUUAGCUCACUCUUCAUCAGCGUCUCUCUCCCACCCGCUAACCAGUCCCUUUCAUUU